AUGUCCGGUCCAAUCCAUCCGUACCUAGCGAUUCACUGGCGGCUGGAAAGCGUACCGCUAGCGUCAUUGCCACAGUGUGCUGUCACCCUCGUAGAUAAACUGGCUGAGAUUCUCUCAACGUCUAGUAACGGUACCGCAUCAAGCAGGAACGAAAUCAAGACGGUUUGGCUGGCAACUGAUUACCCGUAUCCGGUUUCGUCUUCUGGGGGAUUCCAGGAGAGCAGACGGCGGUCGGGCACGUUAAAGAGCAUAGCACCAGAACAUGUCGAAGCAAUCUCUGUUCUCAAAGACGCGUUCCGCCGGGGGGGCAAGCUGCAUGGCUGGUAUUUGACGGAUAUCAGCGCUAGACUGCAAUCGCUGAACCCUGAGCAGAGGGACAACGAACUAGGGUACACCAAGUUGCUGGAAGACGAGGGAGUAGUUGGGAUCCUAGACAAGAUCAUUGCGACCGAUGCCGAUAUAUUCAUCAGCGGAGCGAAGGGAUGCGGACGAGCGAGUUCAUUCACAAAGCAGAUUAUUGAUGCUAGGAACACGAGUAUGGAGAACGGCGAUGGCCGCUUACAGAAUAUCGUCGAGCUCUUCGGAUAG